AUGACUCUACCCAUAAUGAAGAAGAAAAGGAAGAAGAAAGAAGACAUCAAGGCUGGGCUGCAGCGCCUUUGCGUUGAAGAUGUCGUUGUGGUGACUGUUUUAACUGUGCUUGUACACAAUGGAAAAACUGGUGAUGAAUUGCUUGUCAUUCUCAAAAACAUUGAUGAGGGAAGGAAGCAAGCUGCCCUGUUGCCCAAGGACCCCUAUCAGAAAGUCAGGGCAUGCUUCUGGGCCAAAUUAGGUGACAAAAAGGAGGACACCAUCGGAUUUGUUGAUCUUGCAUUAGGUUGGCUUGAUUACUUGAUCAGCAUAUUGAAGGACAUUGCUGGCCUGAAGAUUGUGCAUGAGGAGAGGUUGCCAUUGGUGUCUGCAUGGAUACAAGAUUUUGCAGAUGCUCAGAUAAUUAAAGAUAACUGGCCACCUCAAGCCCAAAUGCUUGCCAAUUGCCAUGCCCUUCUUGAUGCCAGCUGCACAGCAGCAGCAUCUAAAUGA